AUGCCGCCAGUUCAACAACAGUACGCUGUGCACCAGCCAUCCAACUUCGAGAAGUUCAAGAUGGGAGCCAUAAUGGGAUCGACCGUUGGGGUUUGUAUCGGGGUGAUAUUUGGAGGAGUUUCAAUUUUACAGAACGGAGCUGGGCCUAACGGGGUGAUGAGAACGUUGGGCCAGUAUAUCAUGGGUUCUGUCGGGACCUUUGGGUUGUUUAUGUCCAUUGGGUCGGUGAUAAGAUCUGAUUCGAAUCUCCAAGCCUAUGAAAGGGCCAUGAUUGCUUCUCAUAGGGCCAGAUUGAGAUCUCUCUACAGAGAAAAUGUAUAA